AUGCCCCUCGCACACAGCAGUUCACAAUGUCUUUCGAUGCCCCUCGCACACAGCAGUUCACAACUGCUGUGCGCAAGACAGGUUGGCGUUGUGCUUCGACAGUCGUCAGUUUUAGACCACAGCAUGGACACCUAUUUGGACAGUUCUCAUCCAGAUACUGCAGAAGCCCGAGCCGUGUCCAGGGUCGUUGCAGAGCUUAUUGGUGUACAGCUCUCGAGGGAGAUUGUGCGCUGGGUGAGGUGUUUUCUAAGCUUGGGCAAGGCUAAGGCUCGAAUCUCACUCUGCGGCCACCAGCGCUGGCUUGAUCGCCCUGGAGACGCCCAUCGCCGAUGCCCUCAAGAGCACACGAGCCGAGGCCCACAAGAGAAGAUGCAGACGCUUGUGGCAGGUGCACAGGACGAGCAGUCUUUCACUGGCUCGCGGCUCUGUGCAGAUGCUCAGUCGCAUUCGACUACAAGUUGUAGGCUACGAUUUUCAGCUUCGUGGCCGAUUGCUUUGACCAAAUCAUGA